GCCCACUUGCCUCUUCCACACUCAAAGUUGCUCGACCUUCCAACGUUUAUAUAUAUAUAUAUAUAAAAAAACCAGUCACUGCCUUCUGUCCAAACUGUGGUUGCUGCCGCAGUUCUAAAUUGGACGAGCUACUCGACAUUGAAAUUGUGUGGGUAUAAGAAGUCCGAAACAGUUAAAAUGGUGUGCUUUUGUUUUCUGGUUGAUCAGACAAAGAAGGUGCAGAGGAGCAAGCCGGCGGCGGGGACGUGCACGAGGUGUGGCGGCGGAGCAAGCGUGGCGGACAUGAAAACAGCUACGAGGUUUUGCCAUGUCCCUUUUUAUUGGAAGUCUUGGAGAGCUAUUGUUUGUACUUUAUGUGGAGCUGUUCUUCGAUCUUACAGCUAAACGUGGAAGGAAGCCAUAUUCGGUUGGUUUUAUGAUUAAUCAAUCUACUUCAAAUAUGUUUUGAUCAUCUCAAUGUUCAUGUUGAGCUUUGUAAUUAAGUGAGAAGAAAAAAGAAUCAGCAGAAAUUAAUUGGCAUUUAAGGAUAAAGAAGAAGGUGUCAAGUCUAGUCUAGACAUAAGUUUAAACCCUCUUCUCCUUUAAAUUUAUGUCAAACGGCUACCUUAUCUAUCUCUGUACUGUUGAGACAGUGUAGCUGUCAUCAAAUCCUUUUAAAGGGCACUGUGAGUCUCUGUGACUCAGUGAAUGCGCGCAGUUGAAAGCACUUGCAGAAGGUGCAGCCUUUUGAUCAUAACAGGAAAGAAUUGGCUGGCAUAGACCAUGCAUAUAAUGGUGCAAGUGACACUUCGCUCUCGAAACAUAACAAGGCAUGUGGAAUUCCUUGAUGCUUUGCCUAAUUAAUACCAAGUGAGAAAGAGUGUGUGAUUCAGAUCUUGUUGUGACCAACCAUUUCCACUUUAAUUUUCAGUCAAAUGUGAGGGAUUACUUAAAUGAGAAGGCAUAUAAUAUGGAUGUGAUAGAGAAAGUUCACACUAUUUUGUCCGUUUUGGGCACGUGACUAGCAUGGAUUUGUACUCUCAAGCCCAGCCCAUACUAGGGCCCAAGAGACUUGAUCCAACAAUCGAUCCCCUACAAGCCUAGGCCCGUGACUCAGCCUUAGAAAAGUCGGUUAUUGUUAGUUAGGGAAUUUCACUCCAUACCUAAGGACUUUGUCAUCUUUGUCUAGGUAAACCUUCUCGUUAAGCAGCUUGACCAAGUCCCACAAGUGGACAUAGGAAUGCAUGCCCACACAAGCACAGAUGAGUCGCUCUGAUAAGUGUUAGAUAAACCGUAGUCACACCCCAAUGUUUACGAAAGA